UCCUCCUCCUCCUCCCAAGAAUUCCCAUAGCUCAAGCAAAGGGAGAGAGCAGCAGCAGCAAGCCGCGAGCGAGCUAGCUCGAUACCCGCCGCCGCCGAGCCCCGGCGGCUCGCCGCCCCGGCCGUGACCCGCUCCUCUGAUCGAGCCGUGUCGGAGGGAGGGUUGGUGGAAAAAAGACCGCGCCUUUCUUUUGGCGGCUUCUUGGAGGCGUGAAUCUACGGUAUCCGGGAGCGGGGGAUCGUGAUGGGGUUCGAGGACGGCGGCGGGAGGGGCGGCGGCGCGAUGCGGGCGCUGAUGCGGCGGAAGCAGGUGGACUCCGACCGGGUCCGCGCCGCCGGCGGCCACCAGCUCGCCAAGGAGCUCUCCGUUACCCAGCUCGUCGCGAUUGGUGUUGGUUCGACGAUUGGAGCCGGAGUAUACGUUCUUGUGGGAACGGUUGCUCGGGAGCAUGCUGGGCCAGCAUUGACACUUUCAUUUCUGAUAGCUGGAGUGGCAGCUGCACUCUCAGCUUUCUGUUAUGCAGAGCUUGCCAGUCGCUGCCCUUCUGCAGGAAGCGCCUAUCAUUAUUCGUACAUCUGCGUUGGUGAAGGAGUUGCAUGGCUGAUUGGUUGGGCCUUGAUACUGGAAUAUACCAUUGGUGGAUCGGCUGUUGCCCGUGGCAUAUCUCCCAACCUAGCUUUAUUUUUUGGAGGACCAAAUAGUCUACCAUGGUUUUUAGCACGCCAUGAACUUCCAUGGUUUGAUGUUGUUGUUGAUCCUUGUGCUGCUGCCCUGGUUUUUGUUGUCACUGCCCUGCUAUGCAAGGGGAUAAAAGAGAGUUCAUUUGUACAAGGAGUCGUGACAAUCCUGAAUUGCUUUGUGAUGCUAUUUGUUAUUAUAGCCGGUAGUUACAUCGGCUUCCAAACAGGAUGGGUCGGCUAUAAGGUGUCUGGCGGAUUUUUCCCUUACGGUGUGAACGGAAUGCUUGCUGGGUCAGCAACUGUUUUCUUUGCCUACAUAGGCUUUGAUUCAGUUGCUAGCACUGCUGAGGAGGUGAAGAAUCCCCAACGAGAUCUGCCAUUGGGAAUAGGAACAGCAUUGUCAAUCUGUUGCUCCUUAUACAUGCUAGUCUCAGUUGUUAUUGUUGGUCUCGUGCCAUAUUUCGCUAUGGACCCAGAUACCCCUAUUUCAUCAGCCUUUGCAAAACAUGGGAUGCAUUGGGCAAUGUACCUUGUAACAACUGGUGCUGUUCUUGCUCUUUGCUCGACCUUGAUGGGAUCAAUUCUGCCGCAGCCAAGAAUAUUGAUGGCCAUGGCACGCGAUGGGCUUUUGCCAUCCUUCUUCUCUGAUGUCAACCCACGGACACAAGUUCCUGUCAAGAGCACAAUUCUUACUGGCAUAUGUGCAGCCUGUUUGGCUUUCUUCAUGGAUGUUUCACAACUGGCAGGAAUGGUCAGUGUGGGCACACUCCUCGCAUUCACCAUAGUUGCUGUCUCCAUCUUGAUCCUCAGAUAUGCUCCUCCAGAUGAGGUACCACUGCCAUCUUCUCUGGAAGCGUCAUUCCGUUUGAGCCAAGAAUAUGAUGAGGAAAAGGUUAGGGGUCCUCCUGUAGAUGAGAACCAUGAACAAGAGUCAUCUGCAGUGCAAUCAAUAAAUGACCCCCUUAUCGAGAAGAAGCAAGAUGCAACCAUGGAGGAGGCCAAGAGGAGAAAAGCAGCUGUUUGCAGCAUAGCAUCUGUAUGUGUAGGGGUUGUUGUCCUCACAACUUCAGCUUCUGCAACAUUCUUGCCAUUCCUGUUGAGAUGCUUCGUCUGCGUUUUUGGUGGCCUACUCCUCCUAGCUGGUCUCGGUGUCCUCUGCUGGAUCGAUCAAGAUGACGCAAGGCACAAAUUUGGUCAUUCUGGAGGAUUCAUCUGCCCCUUCGUUCCAUUGCUGCCGGUGAUGUGCAUCCUCGUGAACACGUACUUGUUAGUAAACUUGGGUGGUGGGACAUGGAUGCGAGUUGGGGUAUGGCUGGUGAUGGGAGUCUUUGUGUACAUUUUCUACGGCCGGACCCACAGUUCAUUGACAGAUGUGGUGUAUGUUCCGGUGGCGCAAGCUGAAGUGAUAUAUGGGUCGUCAUCUUCAUCAGGAUUUGUGGCCUAAGGGAAGGAGAAUCCACCAGAGCCUUGAGAGAUGAAAUGCUCCAGAAUCAAUUUUACCACACCUUGAACAAACCUGGUUGAAGGGGGCUCCUGCUGCUGCGUCCUGCAUUGCAUGUCAGGCAUGGAUUUGGAGAAUUCAAUUCAUAUAUUGAUGGAUAAGUUGUAUAAAUUGUAGUGUAAGGUCAUAUUUCAUAUGAGUACCCAGCUGAAUGAAUGUGAAUAUUAAAUUGAUAUAGAUGAGAGAUAAAAUGUGUAAUAUGUGUAAAUCCACUAGAGAGUAUACCCACCUUCUGUUGGGGGGAAUUCAUGUUCCUGUGUACCUUUUGUACUUGAGGUCUCCUAGAGUGGGAAAUACAUGAAUAAAAUCUAUCCUUGCCAUUCUUUUGCUUACCA